AUGGCUGAGGGAGUGGAUAUGAGUUUUCCGUUGAACAUGUCUUUAUCUUGGAAUGGUAGUUGGACAAACGAUACCAUGGCAGUUAGGGAGGGAGUUAGGGAAUAUCUGGGGGUCGGCACCCUGGUUUUAUCUGCCUUCUACGUGGUGCUUUUUGUCGUGGGACUGGUAGGAAACGUGGUCGUCAUCUUCGUCAUCCUCAAAGUCAGCGGGAGGAAGAGAGUGCCGAAGAUGGCUGACGUUCUGGUGAUUAACCUGGCCGUGUCGGACAUUCUUCUUCUCAGUAUUCUCCCGUUCAUGAUCAUAGAUCUGAUCGCGGGUGAGUGGAUGUUUUCACAGAAUGUGUGCAAGUUUGUCGUCGGCACAGUCAAUGCCGGAGCCUUCGCCAGUUUCCUGUCCCUGGCCGCCCUCAGUGUUGACCGGUACCACGCCAUGGCCUACCCGCUGAAGUCUCUCCGUGUGGCGGACCACAAGAAGACCGCCACCAUUCUCUUCCUACUCUGGUCUCUGGCUAUCUGCACGUGCAUUCCGCACAUCUGGUACGCCAGGGUGCUGGACUACAGCGGGGGUUCGUCCCAUUGUAUUCUAGACUUGCCGGCCACGGCUGAGGACCCAAACUUGUGGCAUCGCGUCAGCGUGGCGUACUCUUUCAUCGUGGGGUUUGUCGUCCCCCUGGUCAUCAUCAUCACAUGCUACAGUCUGAUCAUCUGCAGUAUCAGCAGGUCGGACGCCCUGUCCACUCCAGACCACGCGGACGGCGGCGGGCAGGUAGCGGGACUGCAGCAUGUCACCCCCGGCCACGCCGCGCGCGUCCACAGGCACAGGAAGCUGACCCGACUGGUCCUCAUCCUGGUGGCGGCGUUCGUGCUCUGCUGGCUGCCGUACCACGUGUUCCACAUCGUCCGCCUGAGCGUGCUGCCGGAGACGUCCCGGACAUGGAUGCUGCUGGCCCUCACCUUCAACGCCUUGUCUUUCACCAACAGCGUCAUCAACCCCAUUCUCUACAGUUUUCUUGGAGAACAGUUCCGGCAGAGUUUCCGUCAGGCACUGGGGGCCAGCUCUGCAGCACCACCACAUCCAGCUAUACGUGCACCGCAAAAUUCUCAGUUUGUUAGCAUUUCGAGUGUUCCUGCCAUGCUCCUCGCUUCCUCUCGGUGGGAGGAGGUUAGCCUGGAGCCAGACUCCCAGGAGACAUGCAACUGCCACACUUUCAAGUUCUGA